GGCGUGACAGCUAUUGUACGCCCAGAUAAAACCGUCUCCCGUGCAUUUAUGUGUAGAGUUAGCUGGUGCUAUCCAUACUUUAUAGGACAGAUUAUAUGUGAAUGGAUCAUAUCCGAAGUUUCUCUGUUUAACUGUAUUCUGCAUUGAAUUUUUAUAAUAUCAUUUUCUGUACUAUGGCGCGUUUCUCCAGCAUGGACGACAGGUGCGCUGUGUUGAAUCUAUCGCGUCUCCAUCUGGACGACAUGAACUUGGAACACAUCGUUGACAGUAAAAGAAAACAAAUUCAACAGCUGCAUCUCGCUUAUAAUCGCUUAUCUCUUCUUCCUCCUUCUAUCUGCCUUUUAUCCAACCUGGAAUAUCUGGACAUCAGCAAUAACGGCAUCACAUUAAUACCCGAAGACUUUAUACGGUUAACGAACCUAAAGACGCUCGUGGCGAAAAACAAUCUGCUGGAUGAAUCGUCGUUUCCAAAGGGUUUUGCGUGCAUGCAGAUGGAAACUCUGAAUCUGAGUGGAAACAGGUUUGGGGAUGUCCCCAUGCAGUUUCUCAAACUCACCAAACUGCAGUCGCUCUCACUUGGUGGUAACAGAUUGAAGAGCAUCCCUCCCGAAAUAGAGAAUCUGACCUGUCUUGAGAUGCUGUAUUUGGGAGGAAACCUGAUCUCCUCGAUACCACCGGAAGUGGCCAACCUCACCUGUCUGAAAUAUCUGGUUCUGUGUGACAAUCGCAUCCAAAGCAUCCCGCCCCAGCUCAACAGACUGCACUCCCUGCUCUCUCUCAGUCUUCACAACAACCUGCUGACCUUCCUCCCUCGAACGAUCCUCAGCCUCGUGCAUUUGCAGGAGCUCAGUCUUCGUGGCAACCCUCUUGUUGUGCGCUUCAUCAAGGACAUGACCUACAAUCCUCCUUCCCUAUUGGAGCUGUCCGGUCGCACAAUCAAAUCAAACAACCUCCUGUACCUAACGAAUGACCUGCCGUCCAAUCUAAUCCAUUAUUUAAACUUGGCAAGUGAGUGUCCGAAUCCGAAGUGUGCAGGUGUUUACUUCGACUCGUGCGUGAGGCACAUCAAGUUUGUGGAUUUCUGUGGGAAGUACCGCCUGCCGCUCAUGCAUUACCUCUGUUCUCCUCAGUGCUCCUCUCCGUGCAGCUCAAAUCCACAGAGCGAAGCCGAGUCGGAGGACGAGAACAGCGUCCCUCCAGACAGACUCCAAAGAGUACUGCUGGGAUAGGACGGACCUCAAACAGGAAAUCUUACCUUUUAUAUGAUUUCGAUUUAUUACUGAAUGUGUUCAUAUAUACAGUAUGAAACGUAUGGCACAGGUCCCUGGUGACACCCCUGCCUAAAACCUGACUCAACCAAAAAAGCACUGUUUAUUAAGAUUAAACCGUGUAAAGCUAAUUAUAAUUUAUUAAGUUGAAUAUUCCCUUUAUAAAUCAAGGGAUCUUAAGGGAAUUUUACACUAAUAAAGUGUUUGCAUAUAAAACCACUGUUGCAUCACUUUUAAAAACAGUAUUAAGGAUUUAGUCUGCUACAUACAAGCUUUACUACUGACAAAUGAAGAACAAACUGCAUUUUUGCUCUCAUGAUCAAUACAUGAAGGGUUACUCUUUAACCUUUCCUUUGUAUUGACUGUCAGUCUGCCCUAACUCUUCCGUCCAAAGGUUGGAUACUGAAGUUCUCAGGAUUGACGCCAAACAUUCUCUAAACUGUAUAAUAUAUAUAUAUAUAUAUAUAUAUAUAUAUAUAUAUAUAUAUAUACACUGACUUAUUGCCAAAGGUUUGCUCAGUUGCAAUGUUUUAAGAAGCAGAUGUAGUUUACAGUAUCUAGUUAUAAUGAUCUGGUGAAUAAUCUUAAUAAUAAUAAAACAAAUCUCCUCAU